UUCUCUCGCUCUCUAUAUGUAUAUACAGACCUUGCUGGAUAUCGUGCCGCCUAUCCAUUCCGAAAGAGUACCCUACUGAAACUCGAGGAGCAAAUCAGCGAGAUACGUGAAAACAUGUCCUUUGCACUAGAUGUGCUACAGCUCAAAAGCCACAAUCAGACCCAAGAGGGCAUAUUGGAAGUCAAAUCGCUUGUCGAGCGAAUAAGAGCCAGUCAUCUCUCUGUCACAAUUCGUGACUGGCUUCUGCCACCAGAUGCAUCUCUUAAUCAUAACGUUGCAUGUGCGAAACGUCAUCAAAGUACAGGGCUAUGGUUCGUCAACGGCCAUCACUUUGCGAAUUGGCUGGUAGAACGCAAUUCCUUCCUCUGGUUGAAUGGCUUUGCAGGUUGUGGCAAGUCGGUCCUCUGCUCAACUGCAAUCCAGCAUACAUUUCGUGAGAUGAAGGACAGGCGUGAAGUAGGGAUCGCGUUCUUUUACUUUUCAUUCAACGAUGAGUCAAAGCAAGAUGAUAACGGGAUGUUACGCGCAUUGCUAUGGCAACUAUCAGGGCAGCUCCAAGAUGGCGAAAGGGACUUAGAGCAACUCUAUACAUUGUAUAAGUCAGGUACUCCUCCAGUGGAGGUGCUACUCGACUUUCUUCAACGCUUCCUAGCCCGAUUCCGCGACAGUUAUAUUUUACUCGAUGCACUAGACGAAAGCCCCCGCGACCACAAUAGAGAAGGAGUUCUAAGAGCGAUACAGAUAAUACGCAGUUGGUCCUUACCUAGUGUCCAUCUUUUGACAACGAGUCGUACCGAACUUGAUAUCCGUGCAUCCUUGGAUCCUUCUUGCGAUCAAGAUAUUUCUCUGAGGAAUUCGGAAAUUGAUACAGACAUAGAAAACUUUGUCUCUCAUCAGCUCUAUAACGAUCCAAAAAUCGAGAGGUGGAAAGCGCGUCACGGGGAAAUUCAAACACAAUUGACAGCAGGUGCACAGGGAGUAUUCAGAUACGUUGAAUGUCAGUUCAAUGCCCUUAGGCGGGCACGAAACCGGAACCAGCUUGAUGAAUGCCUCCGUACAUUGCCCCGCGAUCUCGAUGAGACAUACGAGCGAAUCUUGUGUAAUAUCAGCGAAGAAUACGUGGAGGACGUGCGUCGGGUUUUGACUGUCCUCUGCACCUCUACUCGACCGCUCACAGUAAAUGAGCUAAUCGACGCCCACGCUAUUGAUCUUAGCGAGCCGCCGCAUCUUGAUCGUGAUGGUCGAUCGUACGAGCAAGAUGAUCUUGUUGACAUUUGCCUCGGUCUUAUCGAGAUUGCAGCCACGGAAGAUGAUAAUAGCCAAGACAAGUUGACUGCCCGCAUAGCGCAUUUCUCUGUUCAAGAAUAUCUUCAGUCAGAUCGCAUCGAACAACAAAAGUCAGCAAGAUUUGCCAUUCAAAGUGCACCUGCGAAUGCAGAAUUAGCCCGGAUCUGUGUUGUCUACCUCUUAGAGCCAAGUCUCUCUAGGGGAAUGUUAGAUGCGAAAAAGCUUACAGAGUUUCCACUUGCUCAUUUCGCUGCCAGUUAUUGGUUUCAUCACUAUGCAAACUCCAUGGAAGGGAAGCCGGAAAUUGAGCGACUACUGCUAGGGCUUUUCAAAGACAAGACAAAGGCUUUCGCGACGUGGAUACGUUUACAUGACAUAGACGCUCCAGAGUAUAGCAGAGGUCUUUCUUACCGCCCUAUUGCUGAUAUAGCAUUGCCUCCUUAUUACGCAGCCAUGUUGGGAUUGGAAUCCGUCCUAAGCAGCAUCUUAGAAAUGGACACCAGAGAGGCAAGUAUAUCGAGAACAGUAAAUGCUCAAGGUGGGCGGCUCCGCUAUGCACUCCAAGCUGCAUCAUUGAACGGACAUAAAAGAGUGGCGCACAUGCUGCUAGAUCGAGGUGCCGACGUCAACGCCCAAGGCGGACAGUAUGGCAAUGCAUUACAAGCUGCAUCAGUCAACGGCCAUGAAAAGGUGGUGCAAAUAUUGCUAGAUCGAGGCGCCGACGUCAACGCCCAAGGCGCAUUUUAUGGCAAUGCAUUACAGGCUGCAUCAGUCUACGGCCAUGAAAGGGUGGUGCAGAUGCUACUAGAUCGAGGUGCCAACGCUAAUGCCCGAAGUGGAUUUUAUGGCAAUGCACUACAGGCUGCAUCAGAGGAAGGCUAUGAAAGGGUGGUCAAGAUGCUGCUUGAUCGAGGUGCCAAUGUGAACGCCCAAGGUGGAGAGUAUGGCAAUGCACUGCAAGCUGCAUCAUAUAGAGGCCAUGAGAAGGUGGUCAAGAUGCUGCUUGAUCGAGGUGCCGACGUCAACGCCCGAGGUGGAUACUAUGGCAAUGCAUUACAGGCUGCAUCACUUCACGGCCAUGAAAAGGUGGUGCAGAUGCUACUGGAUCAAGGUGCAGAAGUCAACGCCCAAGGCGGACAGUAUGGCAAUGCACUACAGGCUGCAUCAGAGGAAGGCCAUGACCAGGUGGUGCAGAUGCUGCUAGAUCAAGGUGCAGAAGUCAACGCCCAAGGCGGACAGUAUGGCAAUGCACUACAGGCUGCAUCAGAGGAAGGCCAUGACCAGGUGGUGCAGAUGCUGCUAGAUCGGGGUGCCGACGUCAACGCCCAAGGCGGGCAGUAUGGCAAUGCAUUACAGGCUGCAUCAGUCUACGGCCAUGAAAGGGUGGUGCAGAUGCUACUGGAUCAAGGUGCAGAAGUCAAUGCCCAAGGUGGAGAGCAUGGCAAUGCACUACAGGCUGCAUCAGGCAAUGGCCAUGAGAAGGUGGUCAAGAUGCUGCUCGAUCGAGGCGCCGACGUCAACGCCCUACGCGGAUACUAUGGCAAUGCACUACAGGCUGCAUCAAAGGAAGGCCAUGAAAACACGGUGCAAAUAUUGCUAGAGCGAGGUGCCAAUGUGAACGCCCAAGGUGGACAUUUUGGCAAUGCACUUCAGGCUGCAUCAGAGGAAGGUCAUGAAAACGUGGUCAAGAUGCUGCUUGAUCGAGAUGCAGAUGUCAACGCUGAAGGUGGAUAUUGCGGCAAUGCACUACAGGCUGCAUCAGAGGAAGGCCAUGAAAAGGUGGUGCAGAUGUUGCUGGAUCGAGGUGCCGACAUCAACGCUCCAGGCGGAUAUUAUGGCAAUGCACUACAGGCUGCAUCACGCAAUGGCGAUGAAACAGUGGUGCAGAUACUACUAGACCGAGGUGCCGACGUCAACGCCCAUGGUGGAAAAUAUGACAAUGCACUGCAGGCUGCAGCAAAAAAAGGCUAUGAAAGGGUGGUCAAGAUGCUGGUUAAUGGAGGUGCCGAUGUCAACGCCCAAGGUGGAAAGUACGGCAAUGCACUACAGGCUGCAUCUCGCAAUGGCCAUGAAAAGGUGGUGCAGAUGCUACUGAGUCGAGGUGCCAAUGUGAACGCCCAAGGUGAAUGUCAUGGCAAUGCACUACAGGCCGUAUCACUCGACGGCCAUUAA